GAGCGGGCAGGAGGUUCGUUUCUAGAGCCGGUCGUCGGGCGGCCCCAACGGAAAGAUCAGGCGUUCAAACGGCGCUGAAGGCGGAAAGAGCAGGAGGAGGACAGAGGCAUCUCCGGAGCAGAAAUCAUGUUCGGGCUCUCCAGGGUCUUCGAAGACGAUCCCUUCUUUCGGGAUACAUUUACUUCCCAUAAUGAACAUGUACGACAUUUAUUUUCUGAACCUUUUGGGCGAGAUCCAUUUCUUUCAAUUGAAGACAGACAAGGAGGUCUGCAUCACAGAGGACAUCCCAAUUCUCAGAUGGCCUUGCGAGACAAUGACAAGGCGAUGAGCUGUUCCCUUAUGCCCUUUAACAGUUUUGGUGGCAUGGGUCCAAGUUUUCCAUUUAUACCUUUUGGCACUUUUGGUGGCAUGGCCAUGAGUUUUCCGCUUAUGCCUUUUGGCUGUUUUGGUGGCAUGCAGAACAUGAAUUUCAGAAAUCCAUUCUUUGCAAUGGACAGAAUGAUGUCAAACAUGAGAAAUGGUAUGGUGGACUUGCAAAGAAAUUUUGAUAAAAUGGCAGUUGAUCCAAAUGCUCACUCAUACAGUUCUUCCUCAGUGAUGACCUAUUCUAAGAAGGGUGACGAACCGCCCAAAGUUUUCCAAGCUUCAGCUCAGACACGGACUGCUCCAGGAGGGAUUAAAGAAAUCAGAAAAGCUUGUAGAGAUUCCGAAAGCGGGUUGGAAAAAAUGGCCGUGGGUCAUCACAUUCAUGAUCGUGCUCAUGUAGUUCAGAAGGCAAAGAACAACAAAACUGGCGAAGAAGAAUUGAAUCAAGAAUUCAUUAAUUUAGAUGAAGGAGAAGCUCAUGCUUUUGAUGAACAAUGGCAAAAGGAGAUUCUGAAGUUUAAGCCCUCUGGAGGAAGACACAAUAUAGAGUCCCCAAAACAUAGAAGUAUUCAUCAUGUAAGCAAGGAGGAUGCUCCAAGGAGGGAUAAGAUGCACCCAAGAACAGCAAUAGAAGGACCGAGGAGACCCGUAUCUUCUCUUGAAAAACUCAGUGUCAAGGGAUCACAUGUUCCUCUCAAACCCAGCAAAAAAUAAUUGUGUUGCUUUUCAUGUUAAUAUGGAUGUCUUGGGAGAGGACACAAUAAUUCUGGAUCAACAAAUAAGACCAAGCUCUCUGUUCCUAGCAUUAGUGAUUCUUUUUUUUUUCUUUUGACUACUGAAUGUUUCUGUCAGUUUCAGCUCCUUGGUAACACUUGGCUCUGAACAGUAAAUGAAAAACACUUCAGACUGAAAAGUACUUUAUGACAUUUUAAAAGAAAAUGUGGAAUGUUACAGCUAUUUUCAUUAACACCAACUGCUCUAAUGAAUAUGGGGACAAAGUUAACAUUACAAAGAUAGUACCAGGUUUCAAGGACUUUAAAUAAAUGCUUUGUUUAUAACUCAAGAAGCAAUACUGGUAUGCUUUUGGCAAAAGGCCAGUCUUUCAAAGCCCAGAUUACAGUUGAACUGCAAAGUCAUUAGCCAUUACGUAAUGAACAUAAUGUCAAUUUUCUUAUUAUCAUUGAAUUCUACCCAGAAUUUGUUUUCCCAAUAUAUUACAUGAACAGAAUCAGUACCUUAGUUACAUUUUGGAUAGACAAAAACAAACAAACAAAAAAAACAUGAAUCUCAACUAAAGCGUUUCACUAAGGGGGAUUCUGCCAUCUUUGCAUAAAAUAUUUAACCCAAUCCAUUUUGGUUUCUUCAGAUUUGUAAAAAAACAAAACAAAAACAAAUUUAUUCUGCUUUCAUUGAAAGUUAUUUUCUAAAUUAUUUAAUUCCACAUUCUAAUUAUUAUUUUGAUAUAAAAAAGUACUAAUUUUUACAAACAAUGAUUUAUAAUUAGAAAAAUUAUUUUUUUAAGUUUGGGUCAGAUUAAUAGCAAUGUAACUUUCAUAGGGCAAACAGGAAUUCAGCAGAGAAAGUGGUAACUGAAGCUCAUUUCAGUUUUCAUAUUCCAUACUGGAGCAAAAAGCUGACAUCAGGUGAUGGAGAAUUUCUGAAUUAUCAAUCCAUUUUAAGACUGCUUUUAGUGCACUGUCCUUUCUCUUGAAGAUAUUUUCCUCUUGUUCUUAAUUAUUUUGUUCAUUUACUGAUUAAUUAGUUCAUUUUCAUGAUGCUGAAGGGUAAGCUAGAGAUGCAAGUUGUUGCAGUAGGAAAAAUACAAAAAUACAGAUUUACUGAAUGUAGUUUGUCAACAUGACGAUAUAAGCAAUUCAAAUUGAUAAAGCAUCUUUUAAUGCAAAGUCAUAUUAAAACAUGAAUAUUUGGAUUCAUUGAUUAUCAAGGCUUGGCUUGUCACUUUAGAUAUUGCUGCUCUGUAGGGAUAACUGAGAAACAUUAUAGUUUUGAUAUUUGAGCUUCUGUGUUAAAAGUUCUAAUAUUGUGAUAUCUUAUUAAAUAUAAAGUAAAGUAAAAUAUAUGUACCUCUUCUCUUUCAAGGUAUGUAACUUAGAUAUGUAUAUGUAUGCCAUUCUUCAUACUGAAUAAACACUAUGCUAUAUUAGAUUGACAAUUUAAACUUAAAUCAAUCUUUCAGAUUUCAUAAGAGAGUUCUUCAUUAACACUUGGCACUUUUUUGAUAAUAAAGAGCUAUUCAACAAAA